AUGAGCAUGCAGGUGUUUGUGGAUGCCGACUAUGCAAGCAAGGCAGCAGACCGUAGGUCGGUCUCAGGAGGACUAGUGAUGUGUGGGGGUGGGUGUGUGACUUGGUUUUCGAGGACGCAGAAGUGCGUCACGCUCUCCACAACGGAAGCAGAGUAUGUGGCAAUUGCCGACGUCUUGAAGGAAGUGUUGUUCUUGAGGCAGAUGUGGCGUUUUGUAUUGCCAGAUGCAGGCCGCAAACACUCUAGAGUUUUGCCCCUCGAGGGAAGCCACAUCGGGAUGAGCUCUGCUGGAGACGAAGAGCGCGCUGCUGCGAGCGGAGAACAGAUCCGCCCGCCGGUGCAGGAGGGCCGCGACGCCAAGCUUGCAAGUUUGCAACGGCAGAUUUCGCAAUUGGCGGCCCUGGUGGAGGAGUCGGUGAAGAAGAAGGAGCCUGGCAGCGUCGUGGCGGAUGCAGCCAGUAGGGGUGGCUGGGUUGCUGCCCCCAGAGGCCAACGAGAAGAGCCCACGCUGCCGCUCGGCGGUGGCGGGGGAUUUCUCCAGCAGCAAACGAGAGAUAGUGGGCAAGGACCACGGCCGCUGCUGGAAGGCGGCUGGGCCAGCAGAUCGGGAGCGAACCCUGUUGGACCAGCCGGAGUGGGCCCGGGCAUAGGACCGGACUACGGGGAAGCGAGGGGGUUAAACCCCCCAGGGCGGAGCAUGCUCUCCUCGCGAGCGACGGUAGCGGCGGGGAAGGAGCGCCGGCCGCGGCAACAGCGGCCGCCGCAAGGGUCGCGGCGGCGGCGGCGGCGGCAACCAGAAGGGGAGAUCGGUGGCGCGAAGGCUGGUGGCGGCGGCGGAGGCGGCGACGACGAUGCGGGUAGCAUGCGCGGUCGCUGUUUCCGGUGCGGCAAGAAGGGCCACCAGGUGGCCAACUGCCCCGAGAGCAAGCCCGUGCGAUGUGAGACAUGCAAGGGCUACGGCCACGACAAGAGCAAGUGCCCGACCGAAGAGGCGGUGCUCGUGGUGGAAGUGCCGGCGGGGAGGGCGUCUGCGGACGCCACAGCACUGGACGUGGCAGAAGAAGCGCUGGUGGUCGGUGACAUCUCAGGCGAGUGUCACAAAGUCGUUGGUCGAGGGGGUGUAGAGCAGGCUAGGCGGGGUAGGUAUGUUGCCGAUACCGGCGCUACCACCCACAUGUUCGCGAACUCAGAUGGGUUCGUUCGUUACGAAGAGUGUGAUCGACGUGUGCGCGUCGCCGCCGGAGAAACCUUCCCUAUCGUAGGGUAUGGCGACGUGACGGUAACCCUUAGCUCGCGCGACGGUACAACCGACCUGUUGUUGAAACGGGUUGCACACGUCCCCCGACUAGACUACAACCUAGUAUCUCUCACUUCCCUCUUCGACGACGGGUUCGAAACCAAAACCCUCAACAAACACGAGUUGGAGUUGGAGAGAGGGGGGGGGGAGGUGGUGUACUUCCCCCGAUGCGGUAACCUGUACGUCCAAAACGGUUUCCGCACACACACCGAACAUGCCUGUGCCGCAAUUGCUCCUGGCAACGCGAAAGCGCCCAGCACCCCCGUUGACAUCAACGAUUUCCACUGCGCGCACGGCCACUCCCACGAGGUGCUGCUGAGGACCACGGCGAAGCAGCAAGGGACGACGCUGGUGGGCGAGCUCCGGGAGUGCCUGGGGUGCUCGACGGCGAAGGGGCUUUCCAAGCCCAUCCCCAACAAAACGUCGACCCGAGCAGUUAAGAAACUGCAGCGAGUUUUCGUGGAUUUGAGUGGAAAAGCUAGGGUGCAGAGCUUGGGGGGAAAGUGGUACACUCUCAUUGUCAAGGAUGAUUACACAAGGUGGAACCGUGUCUAUUUCCUGAAGCACAAAUCAGACGCAGCUGAGGCAUUCGAGAGAUACCUUGCCGAAAACCGGGCAAACGGUGCCCCGUCCGAUGUCAUGGUCGUGAGAUCUGACAACGGAGGAGAGUUCUUUGAGGGAGAGUUCGGCAGGGUGUGCCGGAAGUACUGCAUCAAACAGGAGUUCACCCCCGCGCACAGCCCAGAAUACAACGGUGUAGCUGAGAGAGCACUGGGUCUGAUCAAGGAUGCAGCACUAGCCGCCCGUAUCCAAGCGCCAACUCUUUACCCCGGAGCACCGAACUACCCAUCCCUUUGGGCCGAGGCCAUAGCUUGGUCAUGCAACGCCCUGAACUGCACCUCCACCACAUCCAACCCAGAGAAGAAGUCGCCGUACGAGAUGUGGCACGGGCACCCUCCCCCGCCGGGGGCGACGUACCCGUUCCUCAAACCUGCCGUAUACAAGGUCAAGCGCACACACAAGUCCGAGCCAAAAGCCCAAAAGUGUUUUUACCUCGGCCCGGGAAUCAACACCAACCGUGAUUGCGUGCGCAUCCUCAACGAAAAACGCCGAGCGAUCACAACUCGCAACUUCACCUGGCAAUCCGUGCCCGCCGCCCCCGCCGCCCUGCCCCAGUCGCUGCCUCCCAUCGCAGAGGAGGAAGAGGAAUUCGCGACUGAGGAGGACGAGGUUGGGGAGGGCGCGUCGAACCAAGGUGGAGGGAGGGCGGAGAGAGAACCUGUGGAUGGAGGACCAGGUUUCAACCUUGGCACGACGGCAGCCCCAGGGCCCGCGGGGCCGCCCGCGCGCGCAGCGCCGGCGGCACCGCCGGCCGCGCCCCAGGAGUCGGGCGCGGGCGACGCUGGCGAUGGCGCCCCCUCGAGCAGGGAGAGCGCGAGCGUCGCCCCAUCUACCACGUCGACCGGCACGGCCGAUGUGGGCGGCGGCGAGGACGACCGCCGCAGCAGCAGCAGCCGCGGUAGCGGCGGCAGCGGCGGCAGCGGCGGCGACAGCAGUAGCCGCGGUAGCGGCGGCAGUGGCAGCGACAGCAGCAGCGGUGGCAGCAGCGUCGAUGACGGCGGCAGCGACAGCAGCAGUGGUAGCGACAGCGAGACGGAUCUCCCGGCGCUCUGUGGGCCAGAGGCCCGGCGGCUCGCCCGCUUCGACAAGCCGGCGGAACUCACCAGCCGCCGCACUAGGGAGAACCCUCGCCGAAAUCCGAGGUACGAGUCGCCCCCGUCGCCGCCCACAUCGGCCCCGUCGCCGACAAGUGCCGAAGCCCUGCUCGCCUCGGUGGCGAGCCUGCCCGACAGCAGCACGGAGGAGUUCACCCGCUGGAUGCUCUCGGCAGUACUUCACGUGGCGGAGGGGCUAGAGGCGAGGGUGGUGCGAGAGUUGCUGUCCGAGCGCGCGCAGGAGGCCCACGCUGCGCGCCAAGAGGCGGAGGAUUUCCUGCUGGGUACGGUGGACCUCAUGCUCAACUCGCCAGACGCCUUCGAGACGGCUCUGGCGUCCCACGAGCUAAGUGAAUCCCCCAUAGGCAAGCGUCCGAGUGAUGUAGAAGCCCCACCCAUGACUGUAGCCGGCGUUGCCAAGUCUGUUUACCGAGAGGGGUGGGAACAGGCCAUGAGGGAAGAGUUUGAAGGGCACUUGGGCACGGGGACGUUUUCAUUCGUAGACGGUGCGCCAGAGGGGCGCAGGCCUGUGAGCUCAAAGUGGUGUUUUAGUUGGAAGACCAACAAGGAAGGGAAGAUAGACACGUUCAAAGCGCGUCUGGUUGCUAGGGGGUUUUCGCAAAUCCCGAACGUCGAUUAUUUCCAUUCGUCUUCCCCUUGCCCCUCAUCCGCAUCCAUUAAGCUGAUGCUUGCGGUAGCGAACGAGAAGGGCAUGAACCUCAAUCACUGGGAUGUGAAGCAGGCGUAUACACACGCUACGCUAGACGAGGAGGUUUUUCUGAAGCUCCCCGCUGGGUGCGGGGACAAGUCGCAUAAGAUUGCUAAGGCUGAGCGUGCGAUUUAUGGUCUGAAGCAGAGCGGUAGGCAGUGGGGGUACCACGCUGCUGAUACGCUAGUCGAGAACGGGUUCGAGCAAUGCAAGGCGGACCCGUGUGUUUUCCGCAAGAUGGUAGACCAAGUCGUGGUGAUGAUUAUCGUGAUUUAUGUGGAUGACAUUUUGGUGGCUGGGUCUGACGAGGAUUGCGAGGAGUUGCUUGCUUCUCUCAACAAGAAAUUUCCCACCAAAAACCUUGGAGAGUGUCAAUGGUUUGAUGGGUGUGCCAUCGAGAGAGAUGUAGAGGCUGGGACUCUUAGAAUCUCCCAAACCGCGUAUAUCGACAGCAUGGUUGAACGCUUCGAUGUGAAAUCAACUUCCCGCAUCCCCGCUACCCCUGGUGCCGAUCUAGGGCCGAAGCGAGAGGAUGAGGAAGGAGGGGAGUGGCCGGUGAGGGAGGCCAUCGGCAGCAUGAUGUGGGUGUCGACUUUCUCGCGUCCAGACGUCUCGUUCGCCGUGCGUGCGGUAGCGCGCCACGCCCACGCCCCGGCGAAGCGGCACUGGGAUGCCAUACAGAAGAUCCUCGGCUACCUGAAAGGGACGAGGGACCUCGGCAUCACCUACCAACGGGGAUCGGGGUUAGGGCUGGCCGUGUACGUAGACGCUAGCUACGCCGACACGGAGGAUAGGCGUUCGGUGUCAGGGUUGGCGACGACGGUUGGAGGUACCGUAGUCAGCCAUGGUAGCAAGACGCAGAGUAUCGUGUCUUUGUCUUCAACGGAAGCCGAGUACAUUGCUGCCGGGGAGGGUGUCAAGGAGGCGUUGUUUGUGCGUGCUGUGCUUUCGUUUGUCGCCCCAGAGACCAGUGGUAGCAGCAUCAAGGUCCUUGAGGACAACCAGGGGGCCAUAGCGUUGGUGCAGAACCCCCUCAGCUCAGGUCGCACGAAACACAUCGACGUGAGGUAUCAUUUCAUCCGAGGAUUGUUUAGGUCGGGGGAUAUUUCGGUCAAGUUUGUUCCGACAACGGAGCAACACGCGGACCUCCUUACCAAGGCCCUUAGCAGGACUGGUAUGCCGUGCAUCCCGGUGUUCGAGGAUAAUCAGGGAGCGAUUCAGAUUGCACACAACCCGAUCACGAACUCCUACUCGAAGCAUAUCGAUGUACGGCAUCACUUUAUCAGAGAGCUGGUAGAGAGGAAAGAGAUUUCAACUACUCAUGUGCCGAAGCAAUUUCAGCGUGCAGAUUUCUUGACGAAGGCUAAUAAAUAA